UAAUCUGAACAAGUGUCUAUUUUCUUAAAGCUACUGAAACACAGUUGAAGUAAUAUUUACUCAUUUCCGGUGCAAAGUAGGCUACACCGGAAAUUCAGGUGUAACGCAGGUGAAAUAACCGAAACCCGGACGUUUACAAGUUGUUUCGUGUCGUUCCUUGUAUUUUAUCUUAUUUUUGAUUUUAAGAUUAUUUCCAAUCCUGUCCACACUGGUUGGAUGUAAAAUGCUGGACGUUUUUGCUGUUUGAACCCAACCGGCUUCGGUAACCUUUUGGAAGCGAUUCCAGAAAUGAGUCGUUGGUGUUUCAUCGCCUGUUUCUCUCUCACUUGCUAUCUGGUUUCUGGACAAAAUGAAAAAUAUGUACUGGUUGGGAAGAAAGUCGACUUCACUGGCUUCAGCGACAUUAAAGGAUCCCCUGCUGACAUUCUGUGGAAGCAUAUACGAGGACACAUAGGACACAAAGUGGUGCAUUUUGAUAGCAGUCAAGAACAAUCCUAUGGGUCAUUUGAAGGCCGGGUCACUCUUAACUGGCGUUCUGCAGAUCUGUCCAUCAGCAACCUCAGAUAUGAAGACAGUGGAGAAUAUGUCCUGGAAAUAUUAUUUAACCACAAUAUUAUGACCAAAAGAUAUCAACUUACAGUCAUUGACAGAGUCACCAAGCCUAAAAUAACCUGUGAAAUAAACGAUGCAAGCACCGCUGAGUCAGCAGGGAGUGCAACUCUGCUCUGCUCUUUACCAUCUCAUUCUGAUAAGUCCUCACUGAAGUUUCAGUGGAGCACAAAUGGAAAGAUUGAUCUUGGAGACAUGCUGAAAAUUUCCCUUGGAGGUGAAUUUGAUGAUCGUCAGUACAACUGUACUGUAAACAACCCACUCACUCAAGAUUCAGCAGUGUUCAUUGCUAAGGACUGCUACCCUGAGACAAAGGCUCAAGCCGGACUAAUUGCUGGUGUUGUUGUUGGUGUUGUUUUUGUUGUUCUACUCCUGAUUAUCCUCCUGAUGGUCCUUUAUCUUAAAAAAGUACGCUCAAAUCGUCGGAAGUCUGUUGUGGAAACUCAGUCAAAUUCUGAAUUUUCAAAAGUGACACCUGGAAGUGAGGAAACCGAGGUUCUUCUGAACAGAGCACCUACAAUACCUUCUCAUCAUAAUCUUGGACACCUAAACCAAAGAAAUGAUUCUUUCCAAAAGGAUUCAGAGAAGAACAAAGUCCAAGACAGUUGUUUAACCUCUCCGUCGGUUAAAGAAGUGUGCAGCUUCUUUGAGGAGAUUGGAAAAGCUAAUGAAUCUGAGCCCAGAAAGGUUGAGGAGGAAGAAGUCUUAGAGGAACACCAUUCAGAUUCUGAGCCUAUGAAUCCUGGGCUAAUAACUUUGUCACCUGAAAGUAGUCCAGAGAAAAAUAAAGAUGAGGACAAUAAAGCUUCACAUCCACCUCCGGUGGCUAAAAAACCCAACCUUGAUCCGAAUUUCUCUGCAUCACAAAAAGCAGCUGAAAAUACAAAUCCGGACGUUAUCAAGCAGCAAGUUUUAGAUGAUCCUGCUGAUUCUGGAAAUCCAAAUGAGAUGUCAAAUGAUCAGAGUCCAGAGAAAAAUAAAGAUGAGGACAAUAAAGCUUCACAUCCACCGCCGGUGGCUAAAAAACCCAAUUUCUCUGCGUCACAAAAAGCAGCUGAAAAUACAAAUCCGGACGUUAUCAAGCAGCAAGUUUUAGAUGAUCCUGCUGAUUCUGGAAAUCCAAAUGAGAUGUCAAAUGAUCAGAGUCCAGAGAAAAAUAAAGAUGAGGACAAUAAAGCUUCACAUCCACCGCCGGUGGCUAAAAAACCCAAUUUCUCUGCGUCACAAAAAGCUGCUGAAAAUACAAAUCCGGACGUUAUCAAGCAGCAAGUUUUAGAUGAUCCUGCUGAUUCUGGAAAUCCAAAUGAGAUGUCAAAUGAUCAGAGUCCAGAGAAAAAUAAAGAUGAGGACAAUAAAGCUUCACAUCCACCGCCGGUGGCUAAAAAACCCAAUUUCUCUGCGUCACAAAAAGCAGCUGAAAAUACAAAUCCGGACGUUAUCAAGCAGCAAGUUUUAGAUGAUCCUGCUGAUUCUGGAAAUCCAAAUGAGAUGUCAAAUGAUCAGAGUCCAGAGAAAAAUAAAGAUGAGGACAAUAAAGCUUCACAUCCACCGCCGGUGGCUAAAAAACCCAACCUUGAUCCGAAUUUCUCUGCGUCACAAAAAGCAGCUGAAAAUACAAAUCCGGACGUUAUCAAGCAGCAAGUUUUAGAUGAUCCUGCUGAUUCUGGAAAUCCAAAUGAGAUGUCAAAUGAUCAGAAUUCAGGAAGCAAGAAAGAGGAGAAUGAGUUUGCAAAAUCAACCCCUGAAAAUGAUGUUCAGCCACCGCCUGUUGCCAAGGAGAAUUCUCCUUUGAGCCAAAACUCUCCAGAGAGUUCACCAAAGGCUGAACAUAAACAAGACAUCAACUCAGAUGAGUGUGCAAUGACAAGUAGUGGAAAAUCUUCUUCAUCAUCCGUAGAAAAAUCAGAAGACGAGGAGCAUUUUGGGAGCUUCCACUCCCAAAAUGACUGAUUCAGAAACAACAGUGGAGGAGCAAAAGCCUGCUCUCUCUGAACCAGAAUCUGAAAUGGAGACCCUGCAAAAUAAAUGACCAACAUUUAUUUUGGUCAUUAUCCGUCUCCCCUUUCUCACAGAACAGACUCAAAGCCAAGAAAUAGACACCAAACAGCAAUGCAAAGACUUUUGAGACGAGCCUGAUCUAGAAAAUAUAGUCUCAGAGGAAGAACAAAAGAACGAAAUCAAACAUAGCACUAUAGUCUGCUGAAGACGAAGAUUAACCUACGCAGACAAAAAUAUAAAAUAAGAGCUUCAGUGAGAAUACAGAUGGGCAAACUGUUGGAGCUCCACAUUAUCUGCUGCCUGUCAGGCAACAUGACAAAUGGGCACAAUUCCAAGAGAAACCAAUGAAUAAAGAAGACAGAUAGAAAGGAACAAAGACCAAGAUAAAAAAGUAACAAGGGGUUUCAUUCUGAGAUUAAGUUGAGGAGUUCUACAGUAAGCUAAAGAAAGAUUAGUGCUACAUCUUUUUCUGAACAUGGACUUGCAGUGACAAGUAUCAACCAUAAGCUACACAGUAUGUUUUGAGAAUUGCUUAGUGAUAGAUCAAGACAAAAUGCCUAAGGAAAAAAAAUACAAAGUAUUUUUUUUUUUCGAAAAUGAAAACUUUAAUGUGCAAGGUGCAUAUAACUUCAUCUGCCUGAGGAUAUAGUUUUAUGGAAGCAUCUUUUGCUUUGUGCACUAAAAAAUACACUAAAAUGUUUCUCAUUCUGUUUUUCCAAACCUCAACUUCAGUCAGUUUCAAUGGAGAGUACGGCAUUUAUGAAGAUACCUACUUAAGUCUUCUUGACAUUUAGGUUGAUUCCACUGUAACACAUGAGUAUUUGAUCUAAACCAUUUCAGUGCAUCUAUAGCUCUAUGUUAAGGAUCUUUAUUCUGUUGGAAGAUGAACUUCUGCCUCAAUGUCCAGCUCUUUACAUUCUUUUCCAGUUUUAUUUUCACUUAUUUUCCCAAUAACUUGAGCGGCACCUUGUCUUGUAAAAAAUUUCCACUAAAGCAUGUUCAGGGGUAGAAUUUUAAUGUUUAACAAUAACUAAUUUAAAGUUAUCAAUUGUACACAUGAUAAUAUUAAAUGUAUGCUUGUAAAUGCUAUACUUCUUGUAGUUCUACACACACAUGUUAGAAAAUGCUUACAUCUUUGUACAUUUAAAAAUCCUGGUGUUCUUUUCACUGAUAAUUACAAUGUAUACUCUGAACUUUAUAUCUAAAUAUAGAAUUACAAUGCUUA